CCAACUCCGUUCGAGUCACGAAUAAGACACGCCAUGCUUAUCUACUAGCCUACAGCUAAAAGUGUUUAUGUUACCUAACAUGUUCCGCUUGCGGUGGUCCAACCGACGGCACGGAAGAUUGGAAUAUUAUUCAGUACGAAACGAAGCCCUCGGUCCUGAAUAAGCUGGCCAUGCAUGUUCCCCCACCGGGCUAUCCGUUCGGCAAUUUCGAAUGGCCAGGCUCGGUGGCGCAUAAAGACGCAAAUCUGAUGUGAAAAAGAAUGCUCAAACAGGCAAUGAUCUCGAGUGGGCGAGAAGAGUGGAAGCGAGGGGUGGGAAGAAAUGGGUUUUUUUUUUCUUGCCACGAGGGAAAAGUGGAAAUUUGGUCUCAAUCGAGGAAAAAACAUUCCGCACUCACCGGCAAGGCCCGAUUUCUUGGCGUUCCGAACUGCAGCCGGGUUUUGCUCCCCAGCAAGCCAAUGAACGGCCCUUCCACUUAUCUCAGGUCAUGCUUGGUGCUGCUUGUCAUAUCUACGUUUGCUUUCAGCCUGGGGUUACAUCGGCAUCUCCCCUGCCUCGGCCGUCGCCAUUUGCCUGCCUUUCCACCCUCCGAUGGGGUCGGCCCCCUCCCAUCGGCCAUUGGUUCGGGGACGAGUAUGGGUCCGCUUCGGUUACUGUUCCUAUAUCGUCCACCGUCGACGGAGUUAUAAGGUGAGGGCCAUCUCCCUCUCUCACCUUGGCUCUCUCUGUGUACUUUCCUGAGGAAAUCUUCCCUACUUCGACCGUGCCUGUCGGAUUAAUUCCCUUGUCUGGUCUCUGCCACCAUGUCUUCCGGAGAU